AUGGGUAGCAAAAUUAAUACUUCAUUAAAUGAUGGGAAUGCACCUCCAUUGUGUGUGAUGAACGGCGAGAAUUAUCAUCAAAUUGGAAGUCUGUUGCCAUUGCCAGGAAAAAGUCCGAAAUUUGCUCAACUAUAUAUACGCGAAACUUAUAAUGAAAUCGCAAAUAGAAUGGUUGUUGUUAGGAUGGAAGGUGAUGAUUUGGCAUUUAAAUCAUCAAUUGUUCGUGAUAUAAGGGAAGCAUUAGAUAACUGCAACAAUCCAUAUGUACAAACAUACAAGAUAAUUCGUAAUACAAUAGCAACACAAGGUUCUCCUUUUGUUAAAUUGAGAAUAUUAGGCAAGAGAGGUCAUGAUGGUAGAAUAUAUAACCUUCCAUCUGCAUCUGAGGUCGCUGCCUUGGUUGUUGGUGAUUUUGAUGCUGCAGACUUCGAUAGAGAUGUGGUUGUAAAGACUCAGUCCUGA